AUGGCAUCGCGAGAGUCGGGCCGAAUCCGCGAGGCGGAUAAAAAGCGUGUCCUGGAUGAAGCAUCCCGAAAGCGGCGGGCGCGUAAAGCACUGGAAGCCCUCGAGCAGGACAAUUACCACGAGGACCCACAUGCCGAUCUGGUUAUGUCGAAAAAGAUUCCCAAAUUCCAAGACAAUCUGGACGGUUCGAACAAUAGCAAAAAGAAAGCCAAACGAAGCAAAGGAGCGGAGUAUUACCGGGCUAAGUAUAGGAAAACUUUCCCGCAGCUACUGGAGGAGGACAAGAUGCAACGGCCGGAUGCACCGAAUUACUUCACGGCCGCCGUCAAGCCAUCGAAGCUGCCGGAACGACAUUUCUGCGCUGUUUGUGGUCUUCCAUCCAGCUAUACUUGUACUGCUUGUGGAACCCGAUACUGUUGUGUGCGCUGCUUAGGGACUCAUCAGGACACGAGGUGCCUCAAAUGGACUGCGUAAUUAUGCGUGAAUGCUUGCGAAGUUGAUUUAUUAAAAAGAUUUGGUA